AUGCAGAAACUUGACGACGUCAAACUCCACAACAUCCACACCAGCGAUGACAACGACAGCGAUAGUAGCGGCGACGGCAACGGUACCGCCUCACUCUCGCCUCCCUUCACAUUCUACCCGGCCUGGGCGUUCAAUGCCUCACAGACAUGGUUGAAAUGGGUCAAAUUAACGGCGCACGACGUGCACCAUGUUCUCCAAUCCCAUGAAAAGUUUAGCGAGACAACCACAACGACUACUGCUCCCACGUUGACCCAUCAUGGCCAUGGCACCGGCCGACGGCGUCGCGACGCGCCCCUUUUGCUCUUCUACCUCAACCACCCGAUCCAAUACGUCCAAGUCGUGGGCGUCGUUGUCGCGUUCGACGAAUACUUCGAGAAAUUCUGGCUCCUGACCAUCGACGAUAGUAGCGGCGCCACACUGGACGUGACAUGUGCGAAGCCAGAGAAGGAGAAGGAAGAAAGGGAGAAGCAGAAGCAGAAGCAGAAGCAGACAGGUGGAUCGAAUCCCGCGAAUAAGAAUGCCCGCGACGAGCGUACCACCAUCAUUACGGACUUCCAAGAUCGACAAACAAAAGAAGGUGAAAAGGAAGAAGGAGAAGAAGAUGAAGUCCUCCUCCUUCACCAGACCGUCCCGACCUUGACAAUCGGCACCGUCGUACAGGCCAAAGGCACCCUCUCGACCUUCCGGUCGUGUCGCCAGCUCUCUCUCCUCCGCUUGACCGUCGUACGCGACACGGCACAGGAAGUGGCCCUGAUCGCAUCUCGCACGUCGUUCUGGGCGUCGACGCUGUGCAAACCCUGGACUCUGUCCGCAAGUGAAUUGCAGAGCCUCCGAUCCGAGGCAGAGGACGAAAAGGCCCAAGAAACCAAACGCGCCCAGCGAAGAAGGCAAAGGGAGGUCAAGAGGAGACAACGAGACGAGCGCCAUGCCGCGCUUAUCGCAAAGGCGUAUCAGAGGGACGAAGGCUACAGAGCCAAAGCUGCAGACCAGGCCAGAGCCGCCGGGGAGCGUCUUCAGAAGAAGACACAACAAUAA